AUGCAAGACAGAAUCCGAGCCUACAUCAACAGAUCAGACAAGGAUGAACAUAUUACACUUAGACAUGUCUUGAGAUGGCUAUACUUCUUGGAUGGAGCUCCACCUUUGAAAGAUUAUAGCCAAGACAUAGACAUACAAUUUGAUGAAGGGCCAUAUGCCAUUAGAGCAAAGGAAGGCUACAUGCAAGAGUGA